AUGAAGGCGGAAAAGUCAGAAAAGGAUUCCCAAGAUCCUUCAGCAGCUGUUGAGUCGCCAGAACUUGAGGGUCCAACUCAACCAGCUCCAUCGACUCGGCCUAGUAUUUGUCUAGUUGCUCCAGAGUCACCAGUGCCAACAACGGAACCUGGUCAAUAUCCAUCGCUUCCACAUUGUCCAGCCAAUCAGCAAGAACUCAAGUAUCCAGAAGAAGCUCAAAACCCAGAAGAUCUAGUGGAAGAUGAACAAUAUGACACUCAAGAGCAUGAGACGAUCCCUUCACAUGGAGCAUUACCAGAUUGGGAGUAUCUGUAUGCGUACGAUCUGCAAAAGUCAAAUUAUCAAGCUCCAUGUCCUCGUCCAUCAAUUUCUCUAGAUGCUCAAUUAGAAAAGACCACAGCUGAUUCCCCUGGGCCUGCUCCAAAAUCGCUUCUUUCCUUAGUCUUAUCUGGAGAAGGGGACUACCCCACGUCUCCAAUGAAUCCAGGACCAAAUAAAUUCAAUCGAAAACAUUCACCAUCUUUGGAACUUCUUACUGAUGAGCUAUCCAGAAAACCAGUUUCAAUCACAUUUGCUCAAAUUAUGAAUCGUUACCAACCGCCUGUCAGGCAUCCGUAUCUAGGACAAUCACAGUCAAGAGAACACACGUCCAGCGCCUGUUUCACGGGACGAAAUCAUCAAUCGAAGUACUGGAAGCAAGCUUCUACUGAUGACUUUGUAGAAGAUGGAAUCCAGCAGAUGCUUCCGACGCUCCCACAACCAGUUCAAUCAGCCAGAUCAGCUCAAAGAACCCCAAAGGAUCGAUCUCCAGAGCAACGAGUGUAUAAGCCAACACUUCUGAAAGCUGUUGAUGCUUCUAGUCCAGAUCCAGUUCUUGUAACCAGUACGAUAGCUUCAGCUAGUUGUCUUUCUUGUGGUAUGGUUAGUAAGGAUCUUGGCCCAUCCCCAAAGGCCGAAGUCAAUGAGCUCGUCCCGCCAACAACAGAUCGAACAAUCCAGUUACGUCAGGAACGCAUGAAGCUCUAUGGUUGGUGGUUCGAGGAAACCCACCUUCCUUUCAAUCAUUCGAUAAACUAUGAAAACUGGACGACCAAACAGUUUGAAGAGUUCGCCAUACAAUUUUUGCCAUUGGAUGUGGUGAUAGUUCUUGUGAAAGAGAAUUUGGACGGCUCAAAAAUGGAUAAAAUCAGAUGUGGGGACACUGGACUGUUGGGACAUCUGCACGCUGGAUCGAAUGGGAAAUUUUCUUUGGAGCAUUGGAAUUUGAUUAAAGAAAACAUUGAGGACAUUUGGGCGUAUAAGAGAUAUAAGAAGAAAAAGAAGGAGUUGCGUAAUGCCAUCUGA